AUGGCAAAGAAACAGUUCUUCAAGUAUAUAAAUCCAGCACCUCUAUGUCAAAAAGUGGCAACUCGAGAUGGCUGCAUCUACAUGUAUCGGCUUAUGAAGUUUAUUGGUUGGAUACCACCAAAAGAAGGAGCUAAGCGUUAUCUGUACUUGAUUUGGACAUUUACAACGUUCGCAUUUGGUGCUUUUUAUCUACCCGUCGGAUUUGCUCUGAGCUACGUUAAGGAGCUCGACAAGUUUACCACAGAUGAGUUUCUCUCCUCAUUGCAGGUGUCGAUCAACAUAUACGGCAGUUCGAUAAAGUGCAUUACAUUAUAUAUAAAUCUUUGGCGUCUCCGCAAGGCUGAAGGAAUUUUAGACGAACUAGACAAACGGGCUCUGAAGGACAGUGAACGGCAGAAGGUUCACGAAACAGUGGCAUUUAGUAAUUAUGUAUUCCUUAUUUUCACAAUCAUUUACAAUGGAUAUGCGCUUUUUACGUUUUUGGUUUAUUUGGCCAGCGGAAGGCCACCUUGGUCGUUGUACAAUCCGUUUCUAACCUGGCGUGAUAGUCAAAAAAACUUAUAUAUUCAGGCAACCUCUGAGUAUAUCGUUAUGUCCUUUGCAGUGAUAUUCCAAGAGCUAUCAGAUACUUAUCUGCUUGUAUUUAUGAUUUUGAUUCGCGGCCAUUUCAAUAUAUUAAAGGAUCGAGUGCGUGAUUUACGAACAAGUGCCAACAAGACGGAGGAACAAGACUACGAGGAUUUGGUUAAUUGCGUCAAGGAUCACAGGAUGAUUUUACAAUUGUGCAAUAUGAUACGUCCUAUAAUAUCAGGCACGAUUUUUGUGCAGUUUGCACUCAUCGGCUCUGUGUUGGGAGUGACCCUGAUUAACAUAUUCUUCUUCUCAAAUUUAUGGCGUGGUCUGACGUCAUUUAUAUUUUUUGUCGCUGUUCUAAUGGAGACAUUUCCAUUUUGUUACAACUGCAACUUACUUAUUGACGACUGCGAGGAAUUUGGAAUCCGAAUGUUUCAGUCCAAUUGGAUUGAUGCAUCUCCCCGUUAUAAAUCAACUCUAAUUCAUUUUAUGCAUCAAGCCCAGCAGCCGAUUGUUUUUAUAGCUGGUGGUCUUAUUCCCAUUACUUUAAAUAGCAAUAUCACAGUGGCCAAGUUCGCAUUCAGCAUUAUCACCAUAGUACGAGAGAUGAAUCUUGCUGAACAGUUUCAAUAA